AUGUUUGGCCCCAUUUCCACUCAUCGUCUGCCCUCUGCCCUCAUCGUUUGCCCCCCAUCUUCAACCUCUGGCCUCAUUGCAUGGUCUGCCUUCGAGGCAGACAAGUUUUGCCUGUAUGACUUCGUGUCAUCCAGCGCUAUCUGGCCGUCUGACUACGAGUCAGAUUACGGUCCUACCUGCCUCAACACCUCGCCCACAUCCAUCCUCUACAAAUAUAAUCAAAGUUUGGGGUAUGCAAAAUAUGGCAGGGAAACUGGUGCAUAUAAUUGUAAGCAUUCUUUUCUCGACACGCUGGAGGAGAUUUUUGAUGAUGACCAUGGCAUCAUCAGUACCGCCAGUAGCCUGGAUUCUUAUGACCGGAGAAGCUCAUAUUUGCCCCAUCACCCAUUUGGACCCUCAUUUUCCACCCCUUUUCUCAGUAUCAAGCCCAUCUACGUUUCAAUGGCACCGUCUACCAGAAAUGCAGCCCGUUGUGGUGCUACCGGUACUGGCACUCAUGACCCCACAGUGUCUGACACCUAUGUCAUGCGCACACGCAGUGGUGUUGAUAUCAACCCCCCCGCCAAACAAAAUAAUAAGUGCCAAAGAAAUGCUGUCCCCGAGUCAUCUCCUGCUCCGGAUGACCCUAACCGGCCAAAACCUCGUCCUUUACCCCGACGUUCCUCGGGUACGACCUUUGAGGACUAUGCUCGAGUCCUUGCUCGCCCUCGCAAACAAAACGUAAAACCCACAGUGGACUCCGUCUCUUCUGGAAUGGAGUUGCAAAGCGACCAUCCCCCAGAUACACCUGACAUCGACGAUGACGUACCCGUUACGGACACUCGCAUGGAUGAUGAUAUGAACAGCGGUAGCGACAAUGAUGCCGAUGAUGAUAUGACCAAUGAAGACCGUGAACACAGCCAGGCUAACGAAGACGAGGAUGAGGAUAAUGAUGGCUCCUAUAUGGUUGGGAAGGCUGACGGUUGUCACCAUGAAGACAAUGUAGAAGGCGAUAGCGACAAUGAUGCCAAGGAUGGCGAUGAAGAGCCUGAGGGUGGCGAAAAUAACGAGGACUUCGAGACUUCACAAGUGGGGAGGGCUGAUGGUCAUCUGUUGGUCAAGACAGGCAGCUACAAUUUACAUUUCGACGAUGGUUCUCAAAGCUCUUCAUCGGAUACCAGCUACCGUGAAGGCCCCGCAACAUCUGAUCAAGAUUCCGCCCAUGAGUCAGAUGCAAACAAAGACCUCGACCUCGACCACAACAGCCUGUCUUCACCGCCUGCUAAGCGCAGGAAAAGGUCUUCAGCAAUUGAAACUACCUUGGCCAACACUUCCCAAAAAACAUCUCACUCGACAACCGUUCACAAGAAGCAUGCAUCUAUUUCACAUGGUAGCAACUCCACUCCAGCCAGUAUAGUCUUUGGCCCGACGCCGGACAUUGACAACAGUGAGAAUGAAGACGAACCCUCAGGUCAUUUAAAGUGUGGAUGGCUAUGUCAGGAGGGCAUCGAUGAGGCUCAGGAACUUGGACAGAAAACAGCAGAAGAAGCUCGGGUGAUUGGCGCCAAGUAUGGCAAGUCCGUGCGCGCUAUUCUCAUUGAGGCUGGUCUGUCCAUCAAGCAUUCACAAUCAGAGUCUGAUUGGAAUGCCCACCAAUGCUGGUUCAUGGAUAAACACCCCCGCAAGGACAAAGAAUAUGAUGCUAACUCGAGAGUCUCAGCUAUCAUCGACUGGAAAGAACAUCAACACAAACAUUAUCAUGCGAUGGGCAAGGAUGACGAAGAGUGGGACAUCAUUUUCAACUACAACGUUACUGGCAGCAAUACCAAUCAAUCACGCGCCAAGACCAUUUCAUCAAUGAGGGAGGAUAUUGCAAGAAAGUUGUCUGCUUAUUCUCGCCUUGAAGGAGUCGAGGCCAUCAGCUGUAUAUUUGAUACAACACAAGACGAGGCUGCUCGACAGGCGUCCAGCUUUGUCGCGGGCUCUGACCUCAUAGUCAAGUUGAUCAAUGAGCAUCAACUGGAUGCUCGCGCAAUAUUAGAUUGGGUCGUGACUGCAAUGAAAGCGAAAGGCUACAAUAUAUCCGUGCCGCAGUUCAUGGGGGGAGUAGGGGCUUACAAGAUUCUACUUUCAAAGCCAAACGAGGCUCCCCACGACCAUUACAGGAGGAUAUGGCCAAUUAUGGUACUCGAGCACACUUUGAAGUUUGGGUAUCGACCCAAAGCAGUCCAGUGGCAGAAGCUUCUUGACUAUGCUUUCCAGUACAAGUUCAUGAUUAAGAACUGGCCUGAAGACAUCCUUCCUAUCGGUCCCGAAUUCAAUCCUCACAACCUAAGUUCUCAGCACCUCAAGCUACUUGUCGUUCCUUUCAUCAAGCGCAAAGCACAUUCUUAUUAUGAGGCAGAACUCCGCACUGAAGCUGAGAGCUUGUUAGAGCUAGAGAAAAAGAAGUCAAAGGGCAAGCACCGAAAUCAGGGGUGCACUGUGGAAGAUGUCAUGAGUGAAUUAGAUGUCGAUGUACCCGAGAUCGAGUUCGCAGCUUGGCCAGAUGGCAUGUCAUUUCCACAAUGUAUCAAGCAGCUCAAUGAUGAGGUGCCGGAGAUGUUCGACAUUCCCUUGGUGACCAGUGCCUUGGAUGUUGUGCUACACAAGCUGGUCGACUCCGCCAAAUUUAAGGUGUCUGUCCCUGAAGAUAUAUUAGCAGCUCAUGAAGCACAUCCGGAUGGUCAGACUCCCUCUACUCACGACAUGCUGCCAAGUGAUCAUGAAUCUCCUGUCACUCCAAGCCCCCCGACCUUGCUGUUACAAUGA